GCCGUUGUCGCCCUGCCCAGGUGAAGGCGAGGAGCGAGCGAGGGGCGAGCGAGGGGCGAGCGAGGGGCGAGCGAGGCGUCCACCGCGGGGCGAGGGACGGAACCGUCGACUUGCACCCAAGAGGGCAGCAGUGCCGGUGGGGCGAGUGCUGCGGCGAGCGGCGCCAUGUCGGAGUUCGACUUUGACAGCGAGGAGAUCCAGCAGCAGUAUGAGUACGUCAACAGCCGCUGGGACUUCCCCGAGGAGGAGGACCCCGAGGACGAGAACAACCCCGCUCGCCUCUUCGAGCGGUCGCGCAUCAAGGCCCUGGCAGACGAGCGCGAGGAGGUGCAGAAGAAGACCUUCACCAAGUGGGUGAACUCGCACCUGUCGCGCGUCUCCUGCCGCAUCGGCGACCUCUACGCCGACCUGCGCGACGGGCGAAUGCUCAUCAAGCUGCUCGAGGUCCUCUCCGGCGAGCGCCUGCCGAAACCCACGAAGGGCAAGAUGCGGAUCCACUGCCUGGAGAACGUGGAGAAGGCCCUGCAGUUCCUCAAGGAGCAGCGCGUCCACCUCGAGAACAUGGGCUCCCACGACAUCGUCGACGGCAACCACCGCCUCACGCUCGGCCUCAUCUGGACCAUCAUCCUCCGCUUCCAGAUCCAGGACAUCAGCGUGGAAACGGAGGACAGCCGGGAGGUGAAGUCAGCCAAGGACGCCCUACUGCUGUGGUGCCAGAUGAAGACGGCAGGAUACCCGAACGUGCGCGUCCACAACUUCACCACGAGCUGGAGAGACGGCCUCGCGUUCAACGCCCUGAUUCACAAGCACAGGCCGGACCUCAUCGACUUUGAUGCCCUGGACCCAGCGGACCCCUACGGCAACAUGCAGACGGCCUUCAACGUGGCCGAGCAGAAGCUGGGGCUGACGCAGCUACUGGACGCAGAGGACAUUGCGGUAGAGCACCCGGACGAGAAGUCGGUCAUCACCUACGUGGUCACCUACUACCACUACUUCUCCAAGAUGAAGGCGCUGGCCGUGGAGGGGAAGCGCAUUGGGAAGGUGCUCGAGAGCGCCAUGGAGACCGACCAGAUGAUCGAGAAGUACGACAGCCUGGCCUCGGAUCUCCUCGACUGGAUCGAGCAGACCAUCGCCAUCCUCAACAACCGCACCUUCGCCAACUCGCUGACGGGCGUGCAGCAGCAGCUGCAAGCGUUCAGCUCCUACCGCACCGUGGAGAAGCCGGCCAAGUUUACAGAGAAGGGAAACCUGGAGGUCCUGCUGUUCACCAUCCAGAGCAGGAUGCGCGCCAACAACCAGAAGGUUUUCUUGCCGGGAGAGGGCAAGCUCAUCUCCGAGAUCAACAAGGCGUGGGAGCGGCUGGAGAAGGCGGAACACGAGCGCGAGCUGGCGCUGCGGGAGGAACUCAUCCGCCAGGAGAAGCUGGAGCAGCUGGCGCGCCGCUUCGACCGCAAGGCGGCGAUGCGUGAGAGCUGGCUCACCGAGAACCAGUGUCUUGUGCUGCAGGACAACUUUGGGAGCGACCUGGCGGCCGUGGAGGCGGCGACCAAGAAGCACGAGGCGAUCGAGACCGACAUGGCCGCCUACGAAGAGCGUGUGCACGCCGUGCUGCACGUGGCCCAGGAGCUGCAGGCCGAGAACUAUCACGACGUGGCGCGCGUGGCGGCCCGUCGGGACAACGUCCUGCGGCUGUGGCGCUACCUGCAGGAGCUGCUGUGCGGGCGGCGUGCCCGCCUCGAGGCCAACGUGGCCCUGCAGAGAACGCUGCACGAGAUGCUGCACCUGCUGCACAGCAUGGAGGAGCUCAAGGGGCGGCUGCUGUCGCAGGACUUUGGGAAGCACCUGCUGGGCGUGGACGACCUCCUGCAGAAGCACGCGCUGCUGGAGGCCGACGCGGCCGUGCUGGCCACGCGGGUCCACAACGUCACGGCCGCCGCUCGCAAGUUUGCCGAGAACAGCGACGGUUACCAGGCGUGCGACCCGCAGGUGGUGAGCGCGCGGGUGGCAAUGCUGGAGGGCUGCCUGGACGAGCUGCUGCGGAUGGCGGCCGAGCGGCGCGCCGGCCUGCUCGAGUCUCGCCGCCUGUGGAAGCUCGUCGGCGAAAUCUCCGAGGAGGAGGCGUGGAUCCGGGAGAAGGAGCGCAUCCUGUCGUCGGACGACUUUGGCCGCGACCUCACCAGCAUCGUCCGCCUGCUGAGCAAGCAGCGCGCCCUCGAGGACGAGCUGCAGCACCGCGAGCAGCGGGUGCGGCAGGCCGUCGCCGACGGCCGGGGCAUGGUCGAGGAGAGGCACUUCGCCGCGGACAAGAUCGCCGAGAGAGCCGGCAACCUCCUGUCGCUCUGGUCCGAGCUGGGGCGGGCGGCCGCCCUGCGCAAGCUGCGCCUGGAGCAGGCCGCGAGCCUCUUCCAGUUCCUGGCCGACGCGGACGACGCGGACGCGUGGACCAUGGAUCACUUCCGCCUCGUCUCCAGCGGCGACAUCGGCCACGACGAGUUCUCCACGCAGGCCCUGGCCAAGAAGCACCGGGACAUCGUCGAGGAGAUCGGCAACUACGCGUCCGCGAUCCGGGGCCUGCAGGAGCAGGCCGACGCUCUGCCCGACGAGGUGGCCCGCUGCGGCGGGGUCAGCGACAGGAUGAGCAACACCAAGCAGCAGUAUGGCGACCUGCUGCAGCUCGCUGCCCAGCGCAAGCAGCAGCUGGACGACGCCCUCGCGCUGUUCAAGCUCUUCAGCGAGGCCGACGCGUGCGAGCUGUGGAUCGACGAAAAGCAGAAGUGGCUCGACCAGCUGGAGAUACCGGAAAAGCUGGAGGACCUCGAGGUCGUUCAGCACAGGUUUGAGGGCCUUGAGCCUGAGAUGAGUGCCCAGGAUUCUCGGAUCAGGGUGGUGAAUGGAGUGGCCGAGCAUCUGAUCAGGGACGGACAUCCGAGCGAGACGGCGAUCCACGCUAAGAGAGACAACCUCAACAGCAGGUGGGAUGUCUUCCGAAAGCACGUGGCCCAGAAGAAGGAGGCCCUCCUGUCGGCGCUGAGCAUACAGAACUACCACCUGGAGUGCAGAGAAACCAACUCGUGGAUCCAAGACAAAAUCAAGCUGGUCGCGUCGACGCAGGACCUCGGCAACGACCUGGCGGGAGUGAUGGCGCUGCAGCGGAAGCUGUUCGGCAUCGAACGCGACCUGGCCGCCAUCGGGGGCAAGCUGCAGGAGCUGCGCGGGGAAGCCGGGGCGCUCGCCUCGCGGCACCCCGAGCAGGCGCCGGCCAUCCUCGGCCAGCUGGAGGCGGUGGACGGGGUGUGGGGCGACCUCGCGGGGACGCUGCAGCGUCGCGAAGAGUCGCUCGGCGAAGCUCGCAAGCUGCAGAACUUCCUGCGUGACGUCGACUCCUUCCAGGGCUGGCUGUCCGGCGCCCGGAUGGCCGUGGCCUCGGAGGAGCUGCCCAGCAGCCUGCCCGCCGCCGAGACCCUGCUGGUGCAGCACGGGGCCAUUAAAACCGACGCCGACAACCACCAGGACGACUACCAGAAGAUCCGCGGCGUCGGCGAUGACGUGACCCGAGGGGAAACGGACGCGCAGCACGUGUUACUCCAGCAGCGGCUGCAGGCUCUGGACGGCGGGUGGAAGGAUUUGCACCGCAUGUGGGACAAUCGGCGCGAUGUCCUUGCCCAGGCGCACGGCUACCAAACCUUCCUGCGAGACGCCAGCCAGGCCGACAGCUUCCUCACCAACCAGGAGUACGUGUUGUCCCACACGGAGAAGCCGGCCUCCCUGGAAGGCGCCGAGGCGGCGAUCCGCAAGCACGAGGACUUCCUCUCGUCGAUGGAGGCCAACCGCGACCGGAUAAACGGUGUCAUCGCGUCUGGAAAAAAUCUGGUCCUGGCAGGAAAUGCACACGCGGACAAGAUCCAGGAGCGCGUGGACAACAUCACGGACCGGCACGCGAAGAACCAGGACACUGCCAGGGGACUUCAGUUCCUCCUCAAGGACAACAGGGACCUGCAGAAGUUCUUGCAAGACUGCCAGGAGCUGAGGCUGUGGAUCAGCGAGAAGAUGGUGACCGCGAGCGACGCGUCGCCCUGCGGCGAGGCGCGAGGCCUGCACAGCAAGUGGCUCAAGCACCAGGCCUUCAUGGCGGAGCUCGCUUCCAACCAGGAGUGGCUGCACAACGUCAAAGAGGCCGGCGCCGUGCUGGUGCAGCAGCAGCCCGGCGCGGCCUCGCUGGUGCAGGAGAAGCUGGGAGAGCUGCAGGCGCUAUGGUGCCAGCUCGAGAGCUGCACGCAGCACAAGGCCGAGGAGCUGUUCGACGCGAACCGCACGGAGCUGCUCGCGCAGAGCUGCUCGGCGCUCGACAACUGGCUGGGGGACGUGGAGAACCAGCUGCAGUCGGACGACUACGGGCAGGACCUCACCAGCGUCAACAUCCUCCUCAACAAGCAACAGCUGCUCGAGAAGCAGGUGGAGGUGCGUGCCAAGGAGGCGGAGGAUCUGUCCGGCCAGGCCGAAGCGUUGCAACGUGAGGGCAAGGGCGGCCCCGAGGUGGCCGGCCAGCGGCACGCGCUGGAGCGGCGGGUGCACCACGUGGCCGGGCCGCUGGCGCGGCGGCGGGAGCGGCUGCUCGCCUCCAAGGAGGGCUUUCAGUUCAACAGAGACCUGGAGGACGAGAUGCUCUGGAUCGAGGAGCGGAUGCCACUCGCGACGUCUUCCGACCACGGGAAUAACCUGCAAACGACGCAGCUCCUCAUCAAGAAGAACGAGACCCUGCAGAAGGAGACGGAGGGCCACCGUCCGCGCAUGGAGGAGGUGUACCAGCGGGGGAAGGCGCUGCUGGCCCGCGGGGUGGUGCCGCCCAGCGGCGGCGACCGCCUGGAGGGGUUGAAGGCGACGUGGACCCGCCUCGGGCAAGAGGUGGACAAGCGGCGGGGACGGCUGGAGGCGGCCCUGCGGGCUCACCAGUUCUACUGCGAUGCGGCUCAGGCCGAGGCCUGGAUGGACGAGCAGGAGCUGCACAUGAUCACCCAGGAGAAGGCCAAGGACGAGGCGAGCGCGACGGCGCAGCUCGCGCGCUGCGACCAGCUGGAGCGCGCCGUUGGGGACUACGGCGACGCCGUGCGCCGCCUUGGGGAUGGCGCGCGGGCCAUGGUGGACGCCGCACACCCCGACAGCGAGCAGAUCAGAAGCAAGCAGUCGCAGGUGGAGCGGCUGUACCGCAGUCUGCAGGAGCUGGUGCAGGAGAGGCACGUCGGGGCGGGGGGGCUGUGCAGGCUCUUCCACCUGCAGCGGGAGGUGGAGGACCUGCAGCAGUGGAUCUCUGAGAAGGAGGUGCUCGCCGUCUCCCCGGAGCUGGGCCAGGACUACGAGCACGUGACGAUGCUGCAGGAGAAGUUCACGGAGCUGGCCCGAGACACGGAGGGCAUCGGGCAGGAGCGCGUCGACGCCUUCGGCAAAGCGGCCGACGAGCUGCUGCGCGAGGGCCACCCUGACUCGCCCACCGUGCGCCAGUGGAAGGCCUCGCUCGACGCGUCGUGGCGCAAGCUGCUCGAGAAGAUGGCCACGCGCAAGCGGGGCCUGGCGGGCUCGGCACGGAUUCACAAGCUGCUGCACGACGCGCGGGAGCUGCAGGGCCGCGUGCAAGAGAAGCGAGCGCAGAUCCCCGAGGAGUCGGGCCGGGACCUCAACCACGUGGCAUCGCUGCAGCGCAUGCACUCGGCGCUGGAGCAUGACCUGCUGGCGCUCGGAGCACAGGUGCAGCAGCUGCGCGAGGAGUGCUCUCUGCUGUUGAGCGGCGACAUCGGAGACAAGGCGCCCGAGGUCCGCAGGCAGGAGGAGAAGGUGGUGGCCUCGUGGACCGCCCUGCAGGAGGCCUGCAAGGCCCACCGGUUGAGCCUCGCCCAGGCCAGCGAGAGGUUCCACUUCUUCAGCCUGGUGCGCGACCUCAUGCUGUGGAUGGAGACAAUCAUCCGACAGAUCAAGGCCCAGGACACCCCCAGGGACGUGUCUGCGGUGGAGCUGCUCAUGAACUACCACCAGGGAAUCAAGGCGGAGGUGGAGGCCCGCGACGAUAACUUCGCGGCCUGCAUUGACCUGGGAAAAUCGCUCAUCGCGAGGAAUCACGACGCCGCACAAGAGAUUAAGGAAAAGCUGGAGCAGCUGAACGAGAAGCGACGGACCAUGCUGGACAUGUGGGAUAAUCGUUGGGACUGGCUGCAGAUCUUGAUCGAGGUGUGCCAGUUUGCGAGGGAUUCGAACGUGGCGGAGGCCUGGCUGGUGAUGCAGGAGGCGUGCCUCUCCACCACGGAGCUGGGCGACAGCGUGGACGCCGUGGAGAAGCUGCUGAAGCGGCACGAGGCGCUGGAGAAGCUGGCCUCCACCUGGGAGGAGCGCUUCUCACUUCUCGAGCGGCCCACCUCGUUGGAGAUCCGGGAGUUCCGCCGCCGCGAUGAGUUUGGCAGCCAGGACUCGCUGCACAGCAACCACGGCGUUGCGCUGCACAACGGAGCCGGACAGUCGGCCAUGGCUUCCGAAACCGACGCCCGCGGCGAUCUCCCACCGUACAACGGCUUCUCAAACAGCUCGCCGCUCGACUCGCCGAGGCUGGGCUAUCGCUCACAAACCUACCAGAACUACCGGCCCAAGCGCCGGGGCACCUUAGAGCCAGCAAAGUCGCACGGCGUCGCGCAAGACUGAAGGCGGCUUUCCGCAUCAGAAGCCCUUCACCGGUUGGCUUUCAUUUGAUUUUAGUGAAAUGAAAUCAAAUGUACGGCAGCAGACUGUUGCGGGUUUGUGUAGCCUGUUCCCCUCGGUAAACGAGCGUUCCACGUGGAGCGUUCUGACGAUGACAGCGCAGUCCCGACCCGUGCCGUAACCGCGUCUGCCGAUCACACGGUGGAUAUCACGCAACGUCCUUGGCAGGAGGAGUCAUUUAACGCGGCACGUUUCCUCUGCACGAGACACCCAAGCAUUGGUGUCCUUAAUUUAAAACGUACCUUUCGCAUGAAAUUGUACAGAACGGUUCUGAAUUACCCGACGUAGUACUUAAGAAUCGGUGUCGCCGUGCGAGAGCAACUCAUUGACCCCUUGAGCACAAGCCACCGUGAAGUCAGACAGGUGAAAAUGGAAGCGCACGAAUUUUGGUCAAAACUACAAUUUCUCAACGGCGGGAAUGAGGGAUUUUAACGUUGGCACUCGCCCCGUGUGCGACAGUUAACGCGAGUGAAAUUCUGCAGCUUGACAGAAUUCUCUAGGUCAUCACAUCAAUGAUACCAUUGAUCCCCAAGGGGUACGGACCUACUCCAUGGUUCACCAUUCUGAGACGUGACCACAGCGGCCACCUAAUGCCUCAAUGCAUCCUCCUGCCUCGGUGCACGGCGGGGAGGGGGGUGGUUGUUGGCACGAUGGCUUUUAACAAAUGCAGUUUUGCACAGGUGAGGGUUUCGUGUGGAUGCAGGUGCCGGGUUGGUGAGCGGUAGGGAUUGCAACGAUCCAUUGAUGAAUCGAUCGACUUUGAUUCUUGAGCUUGUGGCGAGAGAUAACAUCCAUCGAAUCGUCUAUAAGAAUCUACAUUUCCUAUAUUUUUUAAUUGGUAAAAAAGAUUCUCGAAUAGACUCAUCGCUGGGGACGUUGGAGGGGUGGAGUGGGGUUGGCAAAUGGGGACAGGGAUGGUGAAUUGAUGAAUCGUUGCACCCACAAGUGGUGAAUGGACACGCGCGCGUUGCUGUCCUUGCAUAGGAUGGGGGUCGAUUUCUUUGCUUGUUCCCGCACGAGCUCGCUGUGAGGCGGGGGGGGGGGGUGGACGAUUUGCCCCGACCGGUUUUAUGUUCCAAUAAGUUGUGUCCGCAUGUCGCGUGCGAACUAAACCCCCCGUGCCGGCGUCUCGCCGUCCGAGAGCACCAUCGCCCAUGACCCCCGCGCGGGCAAGAAGAAAAAAAAAGCUUAUUGCGGGGACAAACGCGUGGCGUCGAGCUGCAGACCGGGCGGCCGCGUUCACAACAAUGCCGGCGAGCGCCCGAACGGGACGGCCGAAGUCCCCCGGGGGGAGGGGGGUGGUCGGCGCUCGUCGAGUCCUCGCGAGCGGCCCGCGGCGCCCGCCACGCAGCGCCUCGAGCGCUUUGUAGGGGCGCCAGCGCUCGACCACGACGACGGACGACUUUUGAAUCGUUUUAACGCAGGGUGGGCGGGGGGGGGGGGCUCGUCUCUCGUGCGCUUUCACUCGGGAGGUGGAAACAAUUGUGAUGGUCUGUGGCAGGAGCACGCCGCGCGCAGGACGUUUAUCGACGCUUUUCACGUUCAGCAUUGUACCCAUCUGUCCCCUUUGUCCCGAGUGUUUUCAUUAUUCCGGUGCGUAAAGCAGCGACGGGGGGCACCGGCUUCCAGGAACACUGGCCGGGCACGUUAGCGGCCUACGACGACGAUGCCGUUUCAUCAGCCCAGAAACCACCACGUGCCAAUAGCAAGCAUUUACCUGCCGCACACGCGGCCUCGACGCACGUGCACCUCCAGCCGACUCUGCAUCCCUCGCAGCAGUGAACCCAUUCACCCCCAUUAGCGAGCGUGCGACAGAGCAUUUCUCAUCAAGUUUACCCGCGUGGCAACUUGAUUUGAUCGGCUUUGUCGUCGGGUUGGUGGAGUCUUAUAGUAAACACAACAUUGCAAACAAUUGGCAUCUUAACUUACGCUAGGAUCGAACCCAAAAGAACGUGACAAUGAAUGGUAAUGUUCGUCGCUAGAGCCGGCGACGUACGGAAUUAAGUUUCAGUAUUACCAAGCACUUGCGCGCAACGCCAUUUGUUGGCGUGCGGUCUACGACUGCGGUCCCCCCCCCCCCGAUGGCUUCGUGCGACACUCGCAGCACCGCUGUGCUGCUGUCACUAUUAUCAUCGUCGUCGUCGUUACUAUUAUACUCUGCAUAGCCAUUAUACAGUUUUAAUGUAACCCUAUUCACGCGCUGCUCGCUCUUGUGUUAAGUCUCAGCUGCGACGGUAAUUUCUCGUUCCCAAGAGUGAUAUACAUAAAGCGUUGGUUUAAAACAAAAACAGCUUUUGUUGUGUCGCACUGGGCUUUACUUUCGCUUAUGACGUGCACGGAUGGGCAGUGUGUGUGAGCCCCUGUGAAGUCAAGGUCUGCGGUUGCCCACGCUCGCCCCUCCUAGCGACUCUGCUGCCCCUUGGGGUAUAAGUUCAAACUACUGGGCAAUAUUAAUUCAGUUCUACGCAGCCAGGCCACUCACUAACGACAUCGUGCUCGUGUUAUGACCUUUAUGUUUGAGUUAUAUUCUUAUGUUUGCCCUAUGUAGCCGUGUAAAUUGUUGGCAGUUGCGGGAUAUUGUAAGUCCAAACACACCAAAACAUUUGAUUGCUUUCAUGUGAUUGCUUUCAUGUGCUUGCUCAAGUGCUGUGCAGGAUACACAGAAUAUCUCAUAAUGCUUUCGGUCAACACAUUUGAGAGGACACUUUAACAAAACGUUGGCUACGUGCUUCAAACAAUAAAGCUUUUGACUAAAUACUGGAUGACAUGUUGAUGACUUUGCGGCAGAUGUUCAUGUUGCUUGCAUCACAUUCUACAAUACUUCGACUCACAAGCACCGCGACCACGUGUGAGACGUCUUCCCGCGUGGGAUUUGGCUGACAACUGGGCCCUGCAACGGCCGGAAUCUAAACAAACGACAGAUGAAGCCCUGACCAAUCCAGGUUGAUGCUCGUUAUUUUUUCACGUGCCGAUUGUUUCAAUCCAUUGUGGACUUGGCCGUGCGGUGGUGGCUAAAAUGCACGUGGCCUGUAACCCAGCACUGCGGAGCCAGCAGCGAGGGUUUGGUGGAUCACCGCACAAAUGAGAAACUUCAUUCCCGUAGACGUCGAAGAGGAACCAUACCCCAGCAAAGGCAGUAAAUACAAACAUUACUAAAACAUCUUCCCCUCUUGUGUGCGAUAGUGUUGCCCUCUCGCAAGCACGGGGUUCCUUCCCACAUGUAAACACUCGCAGUUGGCUAAUAACGCCUUCAAUAUAUAGAGGACCGCAGAGCUUGGGCAACUAUGCACCGACGAUCGCGUGGCUGCUUUCCCGCUCGUCCGUGGUUCCCCGCGCCUCCGAGUCGUUCCCUCGCUUUGAAAGCGGGUGACUACCGUGCUGUGCACAUAAGUUACAAUUGUUACACGACACAAGAUUAUUGUACGGCUGUUGCGGCUUGCUCUCCGUGGGGACUGCCGUUCAGUCUUAAAUCAGCAGUUGGCAAUCGUAUGACGGCGGCCGACCAUCGAUGAGAAAUACUGCCAAUGAUCAUGGUAGGCGUUUCACGGAGGGCAUCCCUUCUGUUGUUUUAAAGCAUCGUUACAUUGCCAUGCCACCCCUUAACUCUAUAUAAUGUGUCCAAGCUCAGAGCAUCGACAGCUGCCACUACCUGUGGUCAUUGAAUGUUGUCAGCGAUCGACUUCCAUCAAAUGUCAAUUUUUGCACCUUGCAAAUAUGGAGGUGAGACUUAAUGUCUUUCGGUGGGCAGCAUGUCAUUCACCGUUUGAUAAAGAAAACAAAACAGCGCUCAUCAGCUCAAUGCCCAUCUCAAUGCCUUAAACAUGCAUUACCGUAUCAUCUGCUACAUAUAAAUGUAUUAUUACUUCGCAAGAUCUUCUGUAUACUAAUUCUGCUUUUUAAAAAAAACCCACAAGUAAUCCCUGUAUUAUAAACAUGAACCAAUGUUGUUUGACAAAUGUACUGAACGUUUUAUUCCACCGUCCCCAACCCACAUUGAGGGCAUGUUAUACUCCACACUUGUAACGCAGGCAGCACACACCAGGUGACCAGGGCCCGGCCAAAUUGAAAAGGGGGCAAAAUGUUUUUGAGGAUAUGGCCAAUGCAGCCAAUUCAUGCAUUCAUGUCGGUACACGUCGUCACCCUGUAAUCAUUUUGCUUUGUCCAGCUAGAGACCCCAAGUGUUAUUUUGCUUCAUGUUGUAACACCGUUAUGCAUGUUAUUUUCCAUUAAAAGAAAAAAAAAUA